CCUUAGAAAUACUUCUGUUCAAAUAACGGUUCUCACGGUGCUGAGGCACCUGCGCCUGCGCUAUGGCGUCACUCCCAAGCGGAAGCGAAAGGCGGUCAAUAUCUCUCUCCCUCGUCCCAUUGGCCAGUUCCUUGGAGCCCCCUCCCUGACUGGGUGCAAAUCAGGAGGCUCGUGCCCAGGGGCGAGCUGGGAUAGGCCAGAGAGAGGGUGGGCAGGACUCGGAAGGCGGUUAUGGGAGGGACCGACGUUACGAGAGCUGCUCGCCAGCGCCCUCCCUGGCGGACGGUGGCCGAGAAGGCCGGAGAAAAGCGAAUGGCAACGGCGCUGCUGCGUAGUAACAGCCGGCGCCUCAGUCGUUUGUUGCCGGUGCCUGUUUCUCGCCCUUUCGGCAGCAUGGAGGCCGCGGCUGCUGCUGCUGCUUCUCCUCCAGGCCCGGUCGUCGAGUCUGGUCUGUGGCUCGGAGCGCUUCGUUUCGACAACCGGGCGCUGCGGGCCCUGCCUCUAGACCCGAGCGAGGAGAACGUGCCCCGGCCCGUGCCGGGCGCCUGCUUCUCGCGGGUGCGGCCUACCCCGGUGCGCGGCCCUCGCCUGGUGGCUUCGUCCGCGCCGGCGCUGGAGCUGUUGGGCUUGAGGGAGCCCCGCGCGGCCGACGAAGAAGCCGAGGCGGCGCUCUACUUCAGCGGGAACCGGCUGCCGCCCGGCGCGGAGCCCGCCGCCCACUGCUACUGCGGCCACCAGUUCGGCAGCUUCGCCGGUCAGCUCGGCGACGGCGCGGCCGUCUACCUGGGCGAGGUGCUGAACCCGCGCGGCGAGCGCUGGGAGAUCCAGCUCAAGGGCGCCGGUCUCACCCCUUUCUCCCGACAAGCAGAUGGUCGUAAAGUUCUGCGAUCAAGCAUAAGAGAAUUCCUGUGCAGCGAAGCAAUGUUUCACCUAGGAAUACCUACAACCAGAGCUGGAACAUGUGUAACAUCUGAUUCAGAAGUUAUUCGGGACAUUUUUUAUGAUGGAAAUCCAAAAAAAGAAAGGUGCACAAUUGUCCUGAGAAUAGCACCCACAUUUAUUAGGUUUGGAUCAUUUGAAAUUUUUAAAGCUACUGAUGAAUAUACAGGACGUAAAGGCCCCAGUGUUGACAGAAAUGAUAUUCGAAUACAAAUGCUUGAUUAUGUAAUCAGCACUUUCUACCCAGAGAUUCUACAAGCACACUCAGACAAUAAUGUUCAGAGGAAUGUUGCUUUCUUUCGGGAGGUAACAAGGCGGACAGCAAGGAUGGUUGCCGAAUGGCAGUGUGUUGGAUUUUGUCAUGGUGUGCUCAAUACGGAUAAUAUGAGUAUAGUUGGACUUACAAUUGACUAUGGACCCUUUGGAUUUAUGGACAGAUACGAUCCUGAACAUAUUUGCAAUGGAUCUGAUAACGCAGGGCGCUAUGCUUAUAAUAAGCAACCAGAAAUCUGUAAGUGGAACCUAGGCAAGCUUGCUGAAGCCUUAGUCCCAGAACUUCCAUUGGAAAUCAGUAUGCCCAUUCUGGAAGAAGAAUAUGAAGCAGAAUUUGAGAGGCAUUAUUUGCAAACAAUGAGAAAAAAGCUAGGAUUAAUUCAGCUCCAGUUGGAUGAUGAUAAUAAAUUGGUUUCUGAUUUAUUGGAAACUAUGCGGGUCACAGGUGCAGAUUUUACAAAUACUUUCCGCUUGCUGAGCAAUUUCCCAGCAGAUUCUGAUCCUUUAAAACUGGAAGAGUUCUUAGAUAAGAUUACAAAGCAGUGUGCAUCCUUAGAAGAACUGAAAGUUGCAUACAAGCCUCAAAUGGACCCCAGACAGCUUUCAAUGAUGCUUAUGUUAGCCCAGUCUAACCCACAACUUUUUGCCUUAAUUGGGACAAAAUCUAACAUAAAUAAAGAACUGGAACGCAUAGAGCAAUUUUCUAAGCUACAGCAGUUAACAGCAUCAGAACUGGUUAGUAGAAAUAAAGGACACUGGAAAGAUUGGCUUCAGAACUACAGAGUUCGGCUAGAAAAAGAAAUGGAGCAGUUUGGCAAUUCUGAUAACUGGAGUGCUGAGCAUGUGGAAAUUAUGAACUCAAAUAACCCAAAAUAUAUAUUGAGAAAUUACAUUGCUCAAAAUGCUAUAGAAGCAGCAGAAAAUGGAGACUUUAUGGAGGUAAGGAAAGUUUUGAGGCUCCUAGAAAAGCCAUAUGAAGAAGACUUGGAAUGCUACAGUGAGGCAACUGAGGAUCCUGAAGUAGAAGAAGUGGGGGCUGCAGCUGCUGAGUGCAGUUCAGCAUCCAGGAGAAGAGUUCCCUAUAGCAGUAAACCUCCACUCUGGGCUUCAGAGCUCUGUGUUACAUGAUCUUCCUAACUGCCUUGUUUGUAUUUUCCACAAAGGGAUGUUGAUCUUCCCGAGUGGAGAGUGCAGCAAGGUGUAUAGAAGUGCUAUUAAGUCUCAAACAGAUGGGUCGGAUGUCUUCACAGUCUCACUUGAGCCAUAUUCAUUUUACAACUUGUGACCAUCACAACUGUCCACGCACACUGCUGAAAGACAGACCAAAGUUUUAUCUUUUAUUCAUCGCAAAGUGCAGUUAUAUUUUUUCCGCACUGAUCUGUGAACAUCCAAGUGUAAUCUGUGUUUGUGACGACAAAAAUAGCAAUCCAGAUGCUGGAAUUAUUUUUGUCUGAAAAUGAACUAAUAGUACUUCCUGGCAAUAUAUUUGUAACUUUUUUUUUAUUAUGCAGGGAUAUAAUGCAGGUUUAAGCUCAUCAUUGCUUAUUCUAAGCUACGUUUCAUUUAAUUGCGUAGUUCAUUUAUUGUGAACCUUUGUGUUUAAAUCAGGUUUUUAGAGAAAUUAUUUUUGGGUCGUAGGGAAAAGAUGAUGGUGUAUAUUUAAAAAAAUGGAACGAAGAAGAAAACUAGUUUCAGUGUAAAUGAUUUACAUAUAGUGGCUUGAUUUCAGUUAGGGUCAUAACCAUACUAAAGCAUAUGGUUCAAGACUCUAUUCUGGGUCUGUGUGUGGAGCUUGAUUUACUGGAUCAGGAAUAGUUAAUGCAAUCCCACAAAAAGAAGCUCCAUGCUAACAGCACCAAUUGUUGGAAUAGUGGGGGGGGGACUCCCCUCUGCCUCCUGUAGGUGUUCAGCAUUGACAGUAGGGCACAUGGGUCAACAGGUUUAUUUUUGCCAACAUGUAUAAUAUAUAAAUCGCUUUGUAUUUGAACAAUGCCUUCAAAGGAUGUAUGCUUUCACUCUUGCGUCUCAGAUAACCUAUUUAUUUCCUAUGUAAACAACUUUGCUACCUCAUGGAAAGUCUUCUGUUCUCGCGCUUUUUGCCUUUUGUGCCAAUUGAGUUAUCUUUUAACUUUAGCUUAUUUCAGCUUCAGCGAAACAGCUGCAUGAAAACAUGGCUGUUCUUCAGAGGUGUGUUAAAAGAGGUGUUGCUCCAAUACAUCCUGAUGGCUGUGGCUGUAGUCCCAAGGACUGUUCUUUAUAGUCACUAUCCCUUUAAAAUCAGUAGGAAUGUACUGGAGUGUCAACGCACCUCUGAGAUAUUGUGAUCUUUCUGCGUUAUAAUGCAAACGUAGACUAGCAGUUGGAAAAUAAAAAUGCGUUGAUGUGAGUUAUUGACAAAUGGCGGGCGCAGUAAUUUUUGCAAACAACUGCUAAACUUUUCUUGUUUUUUAUUUAGAGCCCUGUACACACAAAUGAAUUAAUAGGGCUAUUAUUAAUUGGUCUUGCUGUUAGCAGAUCUUAACUGCGGCUUCUGAGGAUCUUAUGUAGAGUUUUAAAUUAAAAAACAGUGCUCAGGUCAGCUGUUGUGAAUGGAAUACCUCUUGCCCACAAUCAAAAUUAUUUACUUUUCAUGCAGUUUUAGCAAUAAAAACACGCCACAUGAAUAUUUUUAUGAUACUUUUAAGUAUUGCACUCUAUACCUUUUGAAUGAUGUUGUGGACAUUUCCUCAUUCUGCAAAUAAUAGCAAAAAUCUGAAAUCUAUUAUCCUGAGCUGUGUUCAUUGAAAAUAAAUUAUUUUGACCAUGCUUAUAUUAAAAGUUUGUGCCGUGUUAUUUUUAGACUAAUUAAGAAAUCCAAGAAAUGAUUAAAAUGUUCACUACUCGCAGGUACAGUCAUACCUCUGUUUAAGUACGCUUCAGUUUGAGUACUUUCAGUUUAAGUACUCCGCGGACCCAUCUGGAAUGGAUUAAUCCACUUUCCAUUACUUUCAAUGGGAAAGUUUGCUUCAGGUUAAGUACGCUUCAGGUUAAGUACGGACUUCCGGAACCUAUUGAGUACUUAAACCAAGGUACCACUGUACCACUGUCCAUUGUCGUGAUAUUUCUGAGAAAUCCAAUGUUGAAGUUUCUGGAUCUUUGUUAAUUACUUAUUUACUGUAUUUCACCCCACUUUUCAGAGGAUUGUCUCCCAAAAAAGGUUUGUGUCGUUUUUUUAAAGAGAGAAAGAUAGGCCCUGACAAUCAGGCUUACAAUGACAUGCAGGAAAAAGGAGAGCAGAUGGGAAGCGAGCAUUUCUAUAGGUGGUGAGUUAUGAAUGGGUGUUUAUAUGCAGUUGGGGUCAAGAUAAAGACCCACAGAGGUGUUUAAAAUCAUAUAAUUAGAAAAUCAUUGUUUAAUGUAUGGAUUGGGUAUAAAGAUUUGUUGGAAAGGAAAACACCCUGGUGGAUUUCACCAUUGGAAGCGAAGGCUCUUAAGAAGUUAAAUGUGGAAGUUAGUAUUAAAUAUGGAAACUUGGUUUUUUUUCCAAUUAGCCAUGUUUCCUUUCGUUGUAGCCAUAUAUUGCCAUAAAUACAUUGUGUGUGAAGAGCAAUCCUUGCAUUUUGGGUCUCCUUUGCACACAUCUGAACCAUACCUAGGGGCUGCUUGUCUCAGAAAGAGAUCUAUUGUCAUCUACUAGGGGGAAAUAACAGGGAUUUGUGGAACUACCUGGAAGACUGUUUGAAUCCAGAUUUAGGCACUUAGUAGACCCAUUGAAACCAAUGGGAUUGAAGUUAGUUGUAACUAUUCAGCUCUAUUAAUUCCAGCACGUUUACUCUAAGCUUGACUAAGUUUGGGUCCAAGUUUAAUGAUUUACUUAAGGCAUUUGUUUUUGUACAGAUAUGUUGCUAGGCUAAACUG